AUGGCGGCGGCCGCGCGGGCCCUGCGGCUGUCCCCAGCCCUGUCCCCUGUGCAGGUCCUUUUCCGUGCCCUCCAUGUCCCCAGCGCCACCCGGCAGCUCCACACCAGCCCCGUGUGCCUCAAGACGCGGGCGGCGCGGGUGCGCGCGGGCAGAGGGGACAAGAUGGUGACGUACGAGCAGGCGCACGCGCCGCACCACAUCGGGCACCGCAAGGGCUGGCUGUCCCUGCACACCGGGAACCUGUGUGGCGAGGCAGGGGCGGCCCAGCGGGCCCUGGAGGACGCGUUCCUGCGGCGGUUCCUGGCCGGGACCUUCCCGGGUUUGCUCCUGGACGAGCCGGUGCUGAAGCGCCGCGGGAACCUCCUGGUGCUCUGUGCCCUGCUGGCGCGGGCACUGCCGCCCCACAAGCUCUACUUCCUGCAGGGCUACACCGAGACCCUGCUCGGCCACUUCUACAAGUGCCCCGUGCGCCUGGAGCUGCAGACCCUGCCCGCCCGCCUGCCCUACAAGUUCCUCUAG